AUGUCUUGUAGACCAGACGUUCGUAAGGGUUUCAUGGAAGAAACGAACGAGUUGUUGGCAUUUGUCAUUGAAUCGACGAAAAAUGAAAAAACGCCAGUGAAAUUGAGAGAAUUAUGCAGAGAAUUCAAAGUAGCUACUGACAACCCGAAUUCAGAAACAAGUCUCAUGAACAGACUGCAAACUCUGAAAAUUCACGAAAUGAAUAAUUUGACAAUCGAUACGAAGGUUCGAUUGAUUUUCGUGAUGAGCAUACCAAUCGAUCCGGAUUUUUUCACUGAACUGCAACACCAGGCGUAUGUGAGAAUUGACAAUCAUCAGCGAAUUAUUGAAUAUGAAACAAUUGGAGGAGGUCUUAAGCUCAGUGGCAAGCAUUUCCCAAUCUAUCAGAAAACCGACAGAAAGAACAAAAGAAUGAUGAUGUUUCUCGCGAGAAUGACGCAAACUGUGGAUUAUCCACUUCCACCCACUAUAUUUAUCGAUGAAUUCAAAACAAAAGUUGUGAAUUCUGAAGCAAAAGGCACUGCGCUAAAACGAUAUAGUGUGGUGAAAAACAAAAUAUAUUGGGCGACUGAAUACGAUAAGGUUACGAGAAUGAAAAUGAUGUUCAUUUCUGGCGGAAAAGUUCCAGAAUGUUUCCUCAGAGAGAUUCGAGAAGAUGCAUUGGUAGAUGUUGACGAAGAAAAUCGAAUUAUUCUUUAUCAAUCAAUCGAUGGAAGUCUCAAUUUGCAAGGAGAUCACAGUCUAUCGACAAAAAUGAUUAUGGUUGCAGCUCAUCGAAAAAGUUCAGAUACUUCGAGACUUGAGUUCAAUGAAGAGUCGGUGGAAAUUGAGGAGAGAAAUGAGAAAGAAGAAACAAUUGUGGAUAUGUCUUCAAUGAAGAGUAUUGAGAGAUUAUCGAGGAAUGAUGCUGAGUGGUGGCCAUCGAUAAGAAAGAGGAACAAUGGAGACCCCGAUGAUGUCGAAACAAGUGCUAUUCGAAAUGAUGUCAUGUACGAAGAAGAUUCGAUACUAUCGAAACGUAUCAAAGAAGAGCAUGAGUACACCGAGUUCAACAAUCAAUACAUCGACACCAUUCCUGCUCAAGAAUUUAUCCCGCCUAAUUCUGAUUCCGAUUUAAUUGGAGAAAUUAAGAAUGAGUAUGAUUGA